AAUGCAAAGUACCACGAACCAAACCUAGUUCAAAAAUAUAUCCAAUUUUCUUCGUUUCCUACAAAUUUUCAGGGGCCAAAACUCUGUUCAACAAAAUCAUUUCUCUAAACCUGUUGGCAUAACAGGUAAAAGUUGUGCCACAGGACAACCUAUAACAUUUAAUAAAACAAGAAGAUGGACAAGGUGAUAAGGGUGGUCUCUGAAAAUGGCGUGGUGAUCUUCAGCAAGAGCUCAUGUUGCCUAUGUUACUCGGUUAACAUUUUGUUCCAAGAACUCGGGGUUACUCCUUUCAUCUAUGAGAUUGAUAAGGACUCCGAAGGUAAGGAAAUCGAAAAGGCGAUCAUGAAGAUAGGAUGCAACACGCAUGUGCCACUGCCAGCCGUGUUCAUUGGGGGGAAGCUUAUGGGUUCUACCAACGAAAUCAUGUCGCUCCAUCUAAGGGGCGCUCUCGUUCCAAUGGUCAAGACUGACCAUGGUUUCAACUAAUUAAUCAUCAUAUCAUGUCAAUUUGAUCUAUUGCUACUAGCUGCAAAUGUUUAGAUGAAUAAAGAUUAAUUAGAUCAACAUGAUAGUUGUCUAAGCUAGAUGGUCUAUGCUAUUUUUCUUUAGUUGCACAAGUAUCUUCCAUCAAUGUUUAAUUUAGCUAGUAAGUACUUCAGAAGCUUUAAAAGCAGCUAAAGCAUGUAAUAGUUUGUUGUAAUGAAAAUCAGCUUUCUUGUGUA